CUCAUGACGCGUUACCUAACUUCAAACAGAUUUCAACUUCCUUGUCCACCUCGGAGAACAGUUUCUGCACAGCCAAAGCUUUUGGAUUUGUCUUUCUUCAAAUCAUUCACUCUGGUUCCUCAAAUCGUAAAAAGUUUCUGCCUUUCACACCCAGUCGGUGAUUCGCCUUUUGGAUUCAUACGUUCUCUCAGUAAAAGAACUGGAAUUUUGAGAAAUUGGAAAUGUCGACCGACAGCAGCUCCCAAGUCUACCACGAGCGGCAGAAGCUACAGUUUUGCCUCUUGCACUCGCUCAACAAUCUUUUCCAGACAAAAGAUGCAUUUACUCGAUCAAGCCUGAAUGAGGUUGCUGAAAAACUUGUGGUUGAAGAACCCAACAAGGAAAAAUGGACACCCUUUUCUGUGCUCUUUAAACCCCAUCAUAAUUCACUCACUGGAAACUAUGACAUAAAUGUGCUAAUUGCUGCUUUAGAAGACAAGGGGAAGAAUGUGGUUUGGCACGAUCGGCGUAAUGGGGCGUCUAAGAUUGAUCUAGACGGGCCUGAAGAUGCUAAUUUGAUGGGUAUUCUGCUUAAUGUUCCGGUUAGAAUGUUUGCCGGAUUGUGGAAAAGUAGGCAUUGGGUAACGUUGAGGAAGAUUGGUGGGGUUUGGUACAAUUUGGAUAGCGAUCUUGUUGCUCCUGCGGCCUUUGAAGAUGCUGAAAAGGUUAGAGAAUUCUUGGAUUACAUGAUUGGACAUGGUGGAGAAGUUUUGCUUGUUAUGAAUAAUAAAUAGUAAUUUUCUUUUACUUGAAUCAAAGUAAUCUGAUAGGAUUUUCAAAUGACUGUAUAUAAACUCUGCUUGUAAGAAGAAACUGUUUUGUUUCUUUUUCGUUUUCAGUUUGUUCCUGUGUGUAUUCUGUUUCAGUGCUUAACAUUAUUGAGGAGAUGUUGGAAUUAGUAGGAUAAUGCAUUGGGUGGUAAGGAUGCUACUAAAUGAUUUAUGUGCUUGCAUAUCUGGUCUUGGAAAGGAUUCUCCAUUAAUCUUGACGCGUUUGGUGGCUUUUGAGGUGAAAUGUUAGUAGUUAAGGGCAAUGUUCUCUUAGUA